GGGUCGCCUGCCUUGCCCCUCGCCCCCCGGCCGUCCCCCCAGACAUGCCCCGCCGUGGCGGCCCGGCUCGCCGAGGAUCAUGACUGCGGCAGCGAACUGGGUGGCGAACGGGGCCAGCCUGGAGGACUGUCACUCCAACCUCUUCUCGCUGGCCGAACUCACGGGCAUCAAAUGGCGUAGGUACAACUUUGAAGGCCAUGGGGACUGCGGGCCCAUCAUUUCAGCUCCAGCCCAGGAUGAUCCCAUCCUGCUCAGCUUCAUCCGCUGCCUGCAGGCCAACCUGCUGUGCGUGUGGCGCCGGGACGUCAAACCCGACUGCAAGGAGCUCUGGAUAUUCUGGUGGGGGGACGAGCCCAACCUGGUCGACGUCAUCCACCGCGAGCUGCACAGUAAGCCACUCUUUACUUCUCUAUUACCUCCAUUCUUUCCAGUGAAAAAGUUUUUUUUUUUUAAAUGCUUUAACUUGCUACCUUAUGGGAUUUUGUCAUAGUUCAUGUUUUAAGACCUACAGGAAGAUAAAAAUCUGUAAAUUUGACUUUUUUUGCUGCAUGAUAAAACGCAAAGUGAAACUUGUACUCAGGAGACCUGUAGUCAAUAUCAUGACUUGGAUUUUUGUGGAGCCUCUGAAAGUAGAGUAAAUUCUAGUUCCAAGGGGUGAUGAUAAUAAUGAUGAUAAUAACAAUACCUCAGCUCUGACAUAAGGUAGUAGCUGAUGGAAAAAAUCACCUCUCCUGUACAGUCAGGUGAACUCCAUGGCACCCCAGGUAAAUCUGUGAGGUCAGGACUUGCUCCUUGCUCGUGCUGCAGGAUUUGAGCAUGAUCCAAGGCGAGUUGCAGCAAGUGAGUGGAAUAGGAGGCAGGAAGAGGCAGGUAGGCCAGAGGUGACAGUGAUAAUUUGGUGAUUAUAGGCUUUGUGCAACUGGGAUUGUCCUCAGAGUCACCAGAAUGUGGAGCCUUAACAUGAUUAAGUUACUUCUACUGUAUCUGCUGUGAUCCUGUUUGGGUUGACUAUAUCAUCCAGUGUGUAUUGUUUUCUUUUCAGUGGUGUAUUGUUGCUAUGACAAGUCUUAGUUUGCCUGAACUACAAGGUGUUUUAUUAGGCUGAUGAAUUUUACCUCCAUUUUCACCUUGUGUCCUGCAAGAAAACAACUGAAGUUCACCAGUUCUGGAAUAAUAACAGUAGUUAAAAAAAUCCAAGACAAUCAUAAGGAUCAAGUUCCGGUUUCUUGCAAUAAUUUUUUAUCCUUGUGGCCUUUAGACCUUCUGGUGGCUUGGUGAUAAAAUUUGUUUCAAGUACACAGAAUAUUUUGUUUAUCAAGUGUACUUGAGUUGUCCCUUAUCUCCCACCUGUACCCUGCACUGUUUAGUCCUGGGUUAUGGUAUAUUCAUUUAUUUUCAUUCUGUUCUAAGCACAGUUCCAAACUUCCUCCUUUGAUGGCUGCCAGAUUGUUUAUUUGGCACCAGAGCCUGUAAAAUCACAGAUAUGGAGGCCUGAGUACCUUGGGGUGUGUUCCACACAGGUAGCCCUGUGAUCAUGUAUAAUUAAAGAGAUGGCUCACAAGUGCUGUGCUGAGCCAUUCCACUGACAUUCAUUUUUUAUGAGGCACCUGUUUUGAAUGAGGGAAUGGGUAAUAUUUCUACUUACCCAGCAAAGCUUUAAUAAUAUAUGCUUUUCUCGUAGUGAAAUAUAGUUUAUUAAAUAUUUCAAAUGCAGUAGAUGGGACUUAAGUGUCUUUUUAUUUGAGGAGAGUUGCAGGUGAUGCUUCAGUUUCUGUAAAUUGAUGGAGCUUGUUUAUAUCUGACAUCUUGGUUACAACAACGUGAUACUGCUUCCAGUGGCGGUGGUCUGGAAAUCCACUGCAGUGUCUGGACAGCUGAACCUGCUUCUGCUGGGUGCACUGUGGGGCAGAAUAAAGCAAAGCAGCACUGUCACACAUUGUCUGCCUGGUUCAAAAUUGUCUGGAAUCACAGAAUUAUUUAGUUCAGAAAAGACUUCCAAGGUCAUUGAGUCCACUCUGUGUCUGAUCCUCCAGCUGGAGC